AUGCUGUGCGCAAUCUCUGGAGAAGCUCCACAGGAGCCCGUCGCCUCGAAGAAGUCGGGCACCAUCUUCGAGAAGCGCUUGAUCGAGAAAUACAUUGAGGAGAACGGCACCGAGCCUGUAACUGGCGAAGCUCUCACGACCGAUGACCUCCUGCCUUUGACUCAGUCCCACAUUGUUCGACCUAGACCCCCAACCCUCACCUCGAUUCCGGCCCUACUUGCGACUUUCCAAAACGAGUGGGACGCCCUCGCCCUUGAGACGUUCAAUCUGAAAGAGCAGCUCGCGAGGACACGGGAAGAGCUGGCAACAGCCCUGUACCAGCACGAUGCUGCUGUCAGAGUGAUUGCGCGUUUGACAAAGGAGCGUGACGAAGCCAGAGAGGCACUCUCCAAGGUCAGCGUUACUGCCGGAGCGACAAAUGGGGAUGCGAUGGCUAUCGACUCGGCCGAGGGUCUUCCCGAGGAGUGGAUUGACAAGGUCAAUGCAAAGCACCAAGAACUUUCCAAGGGUCGAAAGAAGCGCCCAGUCCCCGAAGGUUGGGCUACCUCCGAAGACAUUGCCUCGCUGGCCACCGUGGCUUCGACAUCGGUACCGGUCUCCAACGCCUCGUCUCUUGCGCUCGAGGGAGCCUAUGCAGCAGUCGGCGGCCGGGGUGGAGAUGCUGCGAUAUACUCGGUUGAGGCAGACCAAGUCGAGCGUCAAGUUGCGGUCAAUGAGCCGGUCAUCGACUCCGUGUGGACGGGUAGCAAGCUGGUUUUUGCCACGAGCAAGGGAACCGUCAAGGUCUUCGAGGGCGGCAGCGAGAUUGCGUCGGUUUCUGAGCAUGCGGGACCUGCCACGUCCUUGAGUGUUCACCCCACUGGCGACCUGCUCGCGUCUGUCGGUUCAGACAAGAGCAUUGUGUUUUACGACCUCAAUGCCCUGAAGAGGGUUAGCCGCGCAUAUGCUGAUGCUGCCCUGACGUCUUCGGCCUUCCACCCCGACGGCCACCUCUUUGCGGCUGGCACAGCCACGGGCGACAUCAAGCUGUUCAUGACGACCAGCUUGGAGGUCGCAGCCGUCUUCAACCUCGGUGCACCCGUCGAGGCUCUGACCUUCUCAGAAAACGGGUUCUGGCUUGCGGCAACAGCCAAGGGUCAGAGCUCGGUCACCAUCUUCGACCUACGCAAGGAGGGAGAUGCGGCUAGAGUCAAGACACUCGAGACCGGUGGACCAGUUCAGUCUCUGGCCUGGGACUACACCGGACAAUACCUUGCCACUGCGGGUGCUGGCGGCAUCACGGUGCAGCAGUACACCAAGAGCUCCAAGUCGUGGUCGGAGCCCCUGAGAACCUCGGUUGCGGCGCUGUCGGUCCAGUGGGGACCUGGUGCCAAGCAGUUGGUUGCCGUCAACGAGGAGGGCGUUGUUUCAGUGUUUGGAGUCAAGCAGGAGUAA